AUGGAAUAAUACAUUUAUACAUAAAAAAUAAAUAUACGUUGGUAAAUUAAAGACGAGUGUUUGACUCUGAUGGGUAAUAAUGGCUCUAAUUUAGCAUUCAAUUUUUGCGCAGAAUUAUUUUAAACUGCAAGAAAUCCCACCCUGUAUCAGUGGUGCCAUGUCUUGCACUGAAAUUAUUAUUAACUUCUAUAAAAACACUACUGGUAACUUUAAAAACAGUGAAUUCACAUCCAUAGACUGAUAGCCUGCAUCUUUAACUCCUCAGGUCAGUUGAUCAAAAACAUACCUUGUGACCGUGAAAUAAAUUGGGUGAUAGUAACUGCCAACAAACCCCUAAAAUAAUUAAAUAAUUGUGUGAUUUUUAGUAAUAGCUCCAAAAGGGCUGAAGCCAGCCUUCCAUUCUUUCCCACUAAGGCCUUACUUGUCCACCCAUGUAUAUAUUUUUCCAAAAGACAAAUUUUGCAGUUGCCUGUUUGCUGCUUAAAUAAUUACAGAGUCAAAAAUCUAGUCAGAUGUCCUUUCUGAGAAAAACAACAUUUUUAGAAUUUGUUUUUUUCAGAGUUCUUAAGGUUUCUUUAAAUUAAGACUUCUUGUUCAGGACCUUCAGUGUCCCUUGGGAAAGUCAAAAUGGACCAAAUUCAGUAUAGUAUCCUAAAGCAUAAAUUCAUAUUACAUACAAUACAAUCAACAUUAAGCAUCAGGUAUGUACAGGUCUACAGUAAGUAUGUGUACUAUUUAUAAAAGUUAAUUUUUAAAAUUGUUUUAAUUGUAGUUUUACUUUAGCUGAAUGUCCUAGUUGAACAGAGGUAGAGAGUUGGCCAAAGUAAAACUGCAAUUGAAAUAAAUAAAAAAAGUCAGUUUAUCUUAUUUUAAUAGUUGCCUUAUAUUUCAAUGACUAAUGUUUUGCUAUGGAAAUGGACCAAGACUUAAAGAAAGACAUAUUGUUCUCCAGUCUAUAAAAGAGCACCUGCAGCCAGUCCUCAUUACACAAAUAGGCUUAUGGUCUUACAAGUAGGUGUGUUUUCUAUGCUUUAACAUGACAUAUGUGCACUUUGAAGAGUUCACAAAGCCCCACUAAUCCUCUCAGUUGCUUGUCCUUUGUAAAGCACUAGAGGAUGUUUUUCAGAGCACACUACAAGGAUACUUUUCACGGAUACAAGGAUAUUUUUAUAAACAUAACCAGCACUUUGGAUUCAUUUUUUGACUGGUGCAAGAGAUUUGAAUGGAAUGGAAUUAUCAGUGUUUUGUUUUGGAAGAUGUCUGAUGGAAAGAAAUCUCAGGCUUAAUAAUCUCCGCCAUCUUAAAAUUACAGAUACGGCAGGUGGCUAAGGAUAGGAAGUAUUCUUUGUAUUCAUUCAUUUAUUACUGUCUGCAGUGAUAUAUUCGUGUUUCUCAGGAGCCAUUUGCACCUGCUCAAAAUGGGCUGCUCACCAUCCAAAGGUAACAAUUUUGGAACUCUGGCUUCCAUGAGAAGGGGACGAAUGCUGCCACCUGCACUUCAAGACAGUCUCAGACAUUCUAAGCUUGGUGAGGGAGAAAGGUGUCAUUCAACGGAAUCUACAGAUGGGAAUCCAAGAGAGGGAAAGGUGGUUGGACAGACGUGUGUGACUGAGUUAAGUCCAGAAGCAGUGAAUGUGAAUAGAUUAGACAGUCAAGAAUUAGUAAAACCCACAGUGUUGCAAAGAAAAGAGAAAAAUUUUGACAAGCAGGAUGUAAUAGACAAAAAGUCUGUCAGAAAAGUGAAGAAAAACACAAAAGGCACAAAGGUUUUCAAAAAGAAAGACAAGGAGAAACAAGCUAAAGAUGUGAAAGUGGACUUCCCCGAGCCUCUGGUUAAAGCACACCAGGCGGCUUAUGCCUUUUUAAAUCCUAGUAUCCACAAAUAUGAUGGUUUACUCGGGCUUUUAGAGGAAGCAACCCACACUCAAGUUUCUGUGCAGCCUAUGGUUGCCUUUAUGACUCUCCGUUAUGAGGAAAUUAUUCAGGGAAUGAACGAGAUGGCAGGUGAGGGAGAAAAAGUUUUAAAAGAAAAUGGGGAACAUCUUGCUUGGCCAAGCCAAAUGAAAAACCUUUCAUCAUCCUCACCUCUGAAGUGUGGCUCUGAUAAUAUUGAGCCCCCACCGGAUUUGUUGCAGCAGUUGCUUCAAUAUACCACACAGAGAAUGCAAAAUGUCUGCCAGACUGUUAGUGGAAUCGGGGACUCUGCUUUGGAGGAGGCAGUGGAGUACUUUGCCUCAGUCUCGGAGCUUUUAGAAGAGAAACUGAAAGUCAAACGUGCAGUUGAGAACAGAUUAAUGCAACUUUUAUCUCGUAUUGAAAUGGCUUCUCUGCACAAGCCUGGUCCAGAUGACUCUGCUUUGUUUAGUGAGGACAGUGGCAUUGGUGCAGAGAGUGAAUCCCUAGCGGGAUCUGAAACACGUCACAGAAGACAGAGUUGUGAGUCUAUUGGGACAAACAGAACAACUCCUGUCAGUCCGUUAGGAUAUAAGACCUCCAGGAAUGUUAGGAAAAGAUUGUCAUCAAGAAAGAUUCUAAGUGAAAUCAGUCCAAGUGUUUCCCUCACUUCACUCAACUCACUAGAUUCUACAUGUACUAUAUUGGCUAAUGACCAAAGAGACUCAGUACUAGGAUCAGUUUCUUUAGACGAUGGAGAGGAAGACAACAAUGAGAAUGAUGAGGAGAUUGAUAGAGGCAUGGGAGAUGUGAAAGUAAGGUUUAGACAGAGAUCAAACUCUUCACCUGUAGAUCAUGAACAAAACCAUCCAUGUCGCCUUCCUCCAAAGCGUAUAGAGAAUCCUCAAAAUGUAGAAAUGACCCUCAAAAUGAAAAAUGCUAUAAGUGGUAGAAUACAGUUUGUCCCAUCACAAAACUCUAGCACCAAAGCAAAAGUACUGAGCAGUCCAAAAACCAACAAACGCCAAUGGACGGACGACGAGAAACAAUCACCAAGAAGGCCCCAAACAGCCACAAAUAUUCAAAAGUCAGUGGUGAAAAAGACAGUAGUUGCAAAAGAGCGCCGUACGCAGUCAGCUGAAUCCCUACGAAGCAAGGGUGAAGAUCCUACUCUGCUUGAGCUAGAAAGAACCCAAAGGGAUUUGGACCAGAGGCUGCAAAGAAUGAAUAAAAACAAGCAAGGAAGCACAAGGACAUCCAUAGCUAAACAAAAAGUCACCUCACCAGCACAGUCUCCAUCAUUGAAUCGCAAACUUCUCCCAACAGAGAAGAACAAUAAUCCCCAACCACCCAAAGACAAAGCAUGCCAUAACAAGUCCAACAACAAAAAACAGGAGGGUGAAAGUAAUGAGGAAGGAAAUAAACAAAAAGACAACAAAACACCCAAGGGUCCCAUAAGAGCUACGCCACCACCUAGUCCUCCUUUAUCACCACGACUCUCUACGGGUUUUUACAGAGGUAGAAAUUCUGUUAAAAAACUGAUUGAUACUUUUAGUCAAGGAAUAGAGGAGCUAGAUGGCCCUAAAGUUUUGGGCCCUCUCAAAGGUGUACGUAAAUGUGGGGUUCCUGUGUUACCAGGCUUGGGAAAUGUAGAAGCUGUCCUUAGCACUGGGAUAAGCAGCUGUAGACCAGAGUCAAUUUCAUGUGAAAAAAAACAGUACCUAGAUCUGGAUAGUCUCCCUCCACCUCCGCUGGAAGUAUUAAUGGACAAUUCCUUUGAAGGGGCUCUGUGUUCUCCCACUGGUACAGCAGAAGAUGGUACAAAGGGUGGUAAACCAUUUGUUUCAAAAAGAGCUGUAGUGUCACAACGACUGCGUGCUUCAGUUCAAUCGGUAUCAGUUCUGCCAAGCAAAGGAGGCCUGCCACAAGCUUCUGCUCUGUCCAAGGUCAAUAAACCAGAGGUUCCAACUCAGACCCUCGAAGAGCCAAGAAAAGAAAAGAAUUUGGUGCAUUAUCUGGCCAGAAAAAUGAUCCACCCUAAGCAAGGGUCAGACUCUGAGUUAGAGACACUGCCAAUAAACAAGUCUACAGACAUACAAGAUGGUGUCAACCUUUCAGUGUCUGGACCCAGCACCAUACAGUCUACAGUGCCUCCUUCUUCAGUAGUCACCAACCAACCACCUGUUACCCCACUUUUGUCUAGGAGUCGAAUGUUACCAUCUACGCCUUCUACUUCAAGCAGCUCACACAGAAGUCUUCCUAGUCCUGAGAGUUGCAAAAGACAACCUACUCCCCCGUCUUCAAAUAGAACUUCCUUUAACAGGAGAUUGCCUACACCACCGAGUGCUCAACGGCAGCUCCCCAGUCCACCUACUGCAAAACAGAACCUCUCAGACUCAAAGCCCGUCUCCAUUUACCCCUUCAAAGCACCGUCCCCACCAGCCUCGCCAAAGGUGCAAAGAUGGUCAAGAGAGAACAGCAGCGAAGACUCAUCCAGUGCUCGGACGAUGAGUAACGCACAGUCAGUCUUCUGCCCUUCAUCUCCAUCGCUGUUUGAGGCCCAACCAUGUUCAGUUCCUCAACCCACUCAGGCAUGGACCUCCUCUAGAGUGUCAUUUCUUUCACGGACAUUUGGAAAUCGCGGAAGAGUUCCUCUACCAAUUCAAGGACCUCGACCGUUCAUACGACGGAGUCAUUCCGAUCGUAGACCAAGUGUGAGUCAGCCUCAAAAAUCACCUGGCAUCUCAGUGGCUGAGACCUGUGGGAGUGAGCCAGCAAUAUGUUCGAAGAUGCUGGAUGAUGAUCCCACCAGGGAUGAGGAACUAUGGGAUGGCCAAUCAGACCUAAGAGCUACGCCACGCUCUGCAUCCCACCCGGAUCUGUGUGUUGUUGGUUAUGCCUUGUACAGAGACUAAAGGGGACUGUGAAGGACCAGAGGGAUUAUGGCUUAGCAGGCCUUACCGAGGAUUUAAGAUGAGGGUGUUUGUUCCACUGGGAAGAGAUAAAGAGCUAAUUUUAUCCACUGCUUUACGCACCUCUGAGAUGUUUAUGUUUAGGUGUGUUACUUUUGAAGUGUGUGCCUCUUUCCCUGUAUUCGUCUACACAUUCACUGUGCAUCCAGAUAAUCAUUCUUCUACACUGUACUGCAUAGAUAAACUAAUGCAUAAUGUCAAGUUUACAAUCUGUGGAACUCAGCUUCCUGAGUACACUACUGAUACAAAAGCCCAUGAUAAAAAUACAUAAACAGCUGUUUUGGAAAUUGAAACAUACAUUGUUGACCUCUGCACUUUCAGAUCUGUAUUUUUCUGUUUAUCCAUGAAAGGUACAUGUAACAUGUGGGAAUCAAGCUAGCAUGAGACUCUAAUCUGAGUCCUACUAGUUUGCUAUGCUCCCCAUAGUCCCUCAGCCAUUAAUCAUAUAAAUAAGAAUAAAUGAAAAGCUACAAACCUGACAUUUGAAAUCAGUCAGGCAGAAAUGAUUGGUCUUCUCUGACUGGUUAGAUCGACUAACCUUAAUAAAUAAGUCUGGGUCACAGAAGCCUUCCAAGGCACCUUUUCACAUUAAGAUGCAACUUUUCAGCAUGAAUCUAUAAAAGCUUCAAAGUUUUCAUGACAAUGACACAUCGCUGAAUUAACUGGAAGUAAAUAUAUCACAGCAGAAACUAUGUUUGUGUCCAUGACUUGUUGGAAAUAAAUCACAAGCAACUGCAUAAUGAUCAAAUACCUAACAUAUUUAAUUCGUAACAAUUUUAGAUUGUUGUCAGUUCUGAGAAUUAACAUCCCAUGUUGACUAUGAUUUUCAAGCAAUGUUUUUUUCUAAUAAGUUGUUAUUUUUCAAAUUUUCUUUUAAAUAAAAAAACAACAACAACAACAACAACGUAAUCUAUUCCUGUUCCUACGAGUGGAGAGGUUUUAGGACAUUUCAAUGUUCUAUUGAUUAUUCUGACCUUGUUAUAAAUAACUAUACCUGACGUUUUCCAAAACAGAAAAAGGAGUUAGUUGGAUGUCACUGCUUCCAAAUGAAGCUUUUCGUUUGUUGACUUAUUUAUAUUGCAGUCAUGGUUUUCUCAUUUUCAUUUCUUAUUUUAUUUCCAAACUAGAUAAGGCCAGUAGAAGCACAUACAUCCCACAGGAAGCCCAGCUCACACAGAGUUGGAGCGCAGUGCCUUUUAUUCGCAACCACCAAGUUACUCACACAGUCACAAGUGAGAGGUGAAAAUAUGAGUCAUCAAGAGCUGCAUGUACACGCACUACUGUGAUCUAAACGUCAGCUUGAUGGUGGUAGUUGUGAGUUUGAUUAUAAGUUGAUGAUUCAGCAGCUGGAAUUAAUUUUUCCAGGAAGUUCCUGGUGUUCACAUAAUAUAAAAUCCACUCCAACCAAUCUUCACCAAUCUUCCAUUUGGGUAUUGCACUUGUCUACACAUUUUUUUCUGCUCUUGAGAAGGCUGAAAGUGGAUUUAUUUCUGUUCCCUCACAUCACAUGUAUGUUAAUAUCUGCUUCUGCCUAUGCAUUAACAUGAACUGAAAUAAUUAAACACGGGAACUUAUAUUAGACACCAAGGUAAAUACUGUAGUGUUAACAACAGUGUAAAAAGAGAUUUUUAUAUAAUCGAAUGAGCUCACACACAC